AUGCAGCUGUUCAAGAUCACCGCCCUUCUGGCCUCGGCCGCCUCAGCCGUCAAUGGCAUGGCAACACCUCAAGAGAAUGCUGCAGCCCUCCGCCAGUAUGCUCGUCAAAUCGGUGGCUCCAGGCCGACCGGCAUAGUCACUGUCGUCCUCGUCGAUGUCAUCCCAGCAAUCUCGACCUCGACGGUGUACACCACACAGGUCAACACCGUAUACAGCUGUCACCCAACGGUCACUGACUGCCCGCUUCGGUCUCCCCCAGUAGCAAUCGUUACUGAGACGGUUGCCAUCUCAACAACCCUUUGCCCUAUCACUUUGACCUCGUCUCGCACCACUGAGGUUGAAUGGAGCACAAUCCCUUGGACCUCAUACGACUGGAGCACCAUCAACUGGAGCAGCCUCUUCUACACUUCGACUCCUUCGACCACAAUCACAAUCGACUCUCCCACGUCAAGCUCUGUUCCGGCAUCCACGACCGUAGCUACCAUUCCAACGACCAUCACAAUCUCGGUGAGCUCUGUUGCACCGAGCAUGACCUCCACAAGUUCUGCACUGCCGAGCUAUUCUUCAGUCAGCUCCCCAUCAGCUAGCUCUUCACCAGUCAGCACUUCGUCAGCCAGCUCAGCUUCACUCAGCUCGACUCUGGCAAGCCCGUCGUCAGUCAGCUCGUCCUCGACAAGUUCUAGCCCGGCCAUUUCAACUUCAGCAAGCUCCACCGUCGUCGCCUCGUGGACGAUCAGCUCAGCUUGCUGCCUCGUCCAGCUCGGCUUCUGUCAGCUCCACGGCAGCCAGUUCAAGCGUCUCCGCUUCAGCAAGCUCAUCGGUUGCCUCGACCAGCUCGGUUCCAACCUCCUCUUCUACAUCUUCAGUAGCUACUUCGUCCGGCUUCUCGUCUUCAAUUGCUUCGCCUCCAGUCUACCCCUCCAUCCCACCGACCUUCAUCAGGACGCGGACUUCGACGAUCACCAUCCCGGGGGGUCCAACCAACUCUUCCUUGUCGACAGCACCCUUGCCGUGUCCUCUGCCUCUUCCGUCCUUACUACCGUCUCCAUCACCUCGCUUGUGCCCAGCUUCACUCUGGCCCCAAACAGCACGACUGCUUCCCUCCCAAGCACGUCAGAGUCGAUCAUCGCCUCCACGACCCUGGCCAACUAUACUCUUCCCCCACCCCUACCCACACCGACGCAGUUCUACGGUGCUGGCAACAAGGCCUCGUUGGCGCUUUCGUGGAUGUUGAUGGGCCUUGGCUUCGCAGCAAUCGUCGUGUAG